ACAAGCUCCACCGAAGUAUACCACAAGAAGCAGCUCAAGAGUAACAAAGCUCACAAAUGAUACGCAAUCAAACUGCAAGUCUGAAAUGGAAGAGACAGCAGAGAACAAAUUUUCAGCAUCUUUGGAAUACAGCAAAAUCUACAGCAGUUAUGUUAGUUCUUGGCAAAAGAAUGCUAAAGCUUCUAAAGAUGCUAAGAAAGAAGUGGCAUUGGCUGCGGUGGCAGAAAACUCAAACUCCAUCAACAAACUUGUCAAGACGGUAAUUGAACUGAAAGAGGUGCAAGCGAAAAAGUGUGAGAUUCUUCGAAGGCAUUGUCACAAAACGGAGCAAUAUUAUGAAGAAAGAAUGAAGCUUUGGUGGUCCAAUGGAUUCAUUUCAGAUGAUUUUAUUUAAAAAGUAUUCUAAUAUUUUCAAUUAUAUGCGUUUGCAAGUUUUAUUUCUCUAGUUUCACCACUUUUAAGUGUUCAAUUAUUAAUAAUUUAUUUAUAAUUGUGUAGAUCUCAUGAUCAGUUUGUGCCAUAAGAUGUUUAAUAAAUC